UCGGGUGACAGCAUCAAAUCUCCUCUCUCUCUUUCUCUACACUCUUGUCUCUUCGUUCUGCAACCAUAUUUUCCGAACCCUAGUUCUUACGGAUUUAAUCUAUCACAAAAAUUCCUCAUUUUCUCUAAUUUAAUUUGGAAAUCACAGCUGGUAUUUUCGUUUCUGAUAAUUUGAGUUAAAAAUGGAUUCGGACGAAGAGGAUUACGUGUUCCACGGAACGCCGAUAGAGCGUGAGGAAGAGUUUACUAGCCGUAAGAAGAAGGCCAUAGCCGAGGCCUCCGGUAACCUCCGGAGCCUUCCCGUUUGGAAGCAAGAGGUUACAGAUGAAGAAGGGCGAAGAAGAUUUCAUGGAGCAUUUACAGGAGGUUUUUCUGCUGGUUAUUACAACACUGUGGGAACGAAAGAGGGGUGGGCUCCACAAACAUUUAUAUCAUCCCGGAAGAAUAGAGCUGAAGUCAAGCAGCAGAGCAUUUUGAACUUUUUGGAUGAAGAUGAAAAAUCUGAAUUUGAAGGUCAAUCACUGGGGACAUCUUUGCAGUUUGAUACUUUUGGAUUUACAGCUGCCGAAGUGGCUCACAAACAAGCUGAGAAGGAACAGCAGCAGAGGCCAUCAGCCAUUCCUGGACCUGUUCCGGAUGAAAUAGUUCUUCCAGCCACAGAGUCUAUUGGUGUUAAAUUACUGCUGAAGAUGGGAUGGCGACACGGUCAUGCAAUUAAGGAUUCCCGUGCAAAUUCACUAUAUGAUGCUCGUAGAGAAGCUCGUAAAGCUUUCUUGGCAUUUUCUUCUGAUGAUGCUAAAGCAGAGCUUACUGACUCUGAGCCUGUUCAGGGCGACCUUGAAUUUUUUACUGAGAAGCGUGCUAAUGAUGAUGUCCAAUCCUAUCAAAACACACCUGUUUAUGUGCUCAAUCCAAAGCAGGACUUGCAUGGUUUAGGCUUUGAUCCUUACAAGCAUGCUCCUGAGUUUAGGGAAAAGAAAAGAUCACGCACGUCUGGGAAGUGGGAGACUGGAAAUAGAAAAGGCUACUCAUUGAAAGAUAAUCUUUUUGGUUUCAAGUCAGGAAAUGUUGCUCCUGGUUUUGGCAUUGGGGCACUUGAAGAACUUGACGCUGAAGAUGAGGAUGUCUAUGCAUCUGGGUUUGACUUCGAGGAUACUUAUAUUCAAGAAGUUGAAGAGCCAUCAAGAUUAGUUGAAGAGCCAUCAAGAUUGAUGAUAGAUAGUAAACGAAAGUUUGUGGUGAAGGAACAGGGAGUGCUGCCUGGCUUUAGAGUUGCAUCAAAUUCUGACUACCAGCUAGAACGGUUUGAUGCUCCUGUAAUUCCGAAAGAUUUUGUACCCCAGCACAAAUUUCCUGGUCCUCUUGAGACAAACUACAAGCUUACUGAUGAUCCUCCACCAGAGGUCCCUCCUCCAGAGGAUAGUAAUCUGAAACUCUUAAUUGAAGGGGUUGCAACUUUAGUAGCUCGAUGCGGUAAAUUAUUUGAGGACCUUUCUAGAGAGAAGAAUCAGUCGAAUCCAUUAUUUAGUUUUCUUACUGGGGGAAAUGGCCACGAUUAUUAUACAAGGAAGCUGUGGGAGGAGCGACAAAAGCGUGCCAAUCAAAGAAAGCAGCAAGUGGAUGGGAAGUUGUCUUCAAGUAUGCAGAAGAUGACAGCUGAGAGCCGGGGUAAAAUCUUAGGGGAAAAGCCCUUGGAAAGAAGCGCUAAAGAUUCAAGUUCAUCUGUUGCUUCUUCAGAAGCCAUUCAUCUCCAAUUCAAUCUUUCGGAUACAUUUACUAAACCUGCAUCAUUCGGUGGGUUGCCUGAAGUUGCGAAGCCUUUCAAAGAUGAUCCUGCAAAGCAAGUUACAAAACCUUUCAAAGAUGAUCCCUCAAAGCAAGUUGCGAAGCCUUUCAAAGAUGAUCCUGCAAAGCAAGAAAGAUUUGAGCAGUUUCUCAAGGAGAAGUAUCAAGGAGGGCUUCGCACUACAGAUUCUAGUGGAGCUAGUAAUAUGUCUGAAGCAGCACGUGCUCGUGAGAGAUUAGACUUUGAGGCUGCAGCUGAAGCCAUUCAGAAAGGGCAGUGGGGCAAAGACAGCAAGCUCUCAACACAGCAUUUUAUGGAGUUUUCAGCAACUGGAGGGAUGCAGUUUACUUCUGGUGGAGUAGAGCAAGUUAAAGAUACCGGAGUUGAAGAUCUGAUAACAAAGAAAAUGUUCCCAAAACGCGAAGAACACCAAUGGCGUCCUUCACCUGUCUUAUGCAAGCGCUUUGAUCUCAUUGAUCCUUACAUGGGGAAGCCACCUCCAGCUCCAAGGAUGAGGAGCAAGAUUGAUAGUCUUAUUUUUACGUCAGAUUCUGCCAAAGCAACAAAAGUGGAAGAGACUGUCACUGUAAAUAGAGACUCAUUUCCUACACCUCAGUCUGAUGCUCAAGGAAUAAGCCAAGACAUAGCUAAUAAGGAAAUUGAAGCUGAGGUAGAAGUUGAAAAUGUUGAGAGGCCAGUUGACUUGUACAAGGCUAUUUUCUCUGAUGAUUCAGAUAAUGAAGGGGAAAACACCAGUCUCAACAAAGUUGAGGAUCCUGAAAAGAAAAUUGGAGCAGCUACUACGACAUUAAAUCGUUUAAUUGCAGGUGACUUUUUGGAAUCCUUGGGCAAAGAACUAGGCCUAGAGGUUCCCCCUGAUGUGCCGUCCUCAACAAGUAAGGCCAGGGACCCUGCUUCACAAAUAGAAACUGCAAAUGCCAAUGCAGGAGAUGCCAAUAUUCUUCCAGUUAAAAAUAAGCCAUCUUCCACCCCUAUUAGUGGGAGUUGUGAUGACCUGGAGAUGGCUCAAGAUGGCAGGUCCAAGAAAAUUGAACUCAUUCAUGGUAACUCAGACAGAAGUGUUAGCCUAUAUAUGGAGACUGGUUCAUCUGGGAAGAAAUUUGAUGAGGUUAAUCCAGCCCAAGAGGAUAAGAAAUCGAAAACACACUCAAGCCGUCGCCAAAAUAGGAAGAAGAGUUCAUCGUCCGAAGAUGAGAGGAGUGGAAAGUGGUCUAGGCGAGAUGGACACAGAAGCAGUGAUUCAGAUGGUGAUUCGUCCAGUGACCAUCGAGAUCGAUAUCGUAGCAGGUCAAAAGGGAAAAAGAAAGGAUCAUCUCGGGAGAAAAGCAGUAGCAGCAGAAAACACUCAAAACAUCAUAAGCGGAGAAGCAGGGAUUCUCCGGCCAGAUCUCGAUACGAGAGUGACAGAGAACAUGGAGAACCCAAGAGAGAGAAGCGGAAAAAGAGGGAUUGAGAUUGAAAUCUACUGAUGCCUUGAGGAAGAUGAUUAUGAGAUUCAAUUGAAUAGUUUCACCUGUGAAUAGAUUACAUGCUUCCAGUCCAGAGAUGAGUAAUAAUAUUGUACUAUUAUAAUUAAAAUGAUGUAACUUGUUUAUAAGAAUUUUAGCAUUGGUGGAAGGCGUCCUGUUGCUUCUGCUACAUUGAGAGUAUCUUCUUCUUCUUCUUCCAGAUGAUGUAUGAGAGGAAAUGUGAGACGUGGGAUUCACAGAAGGAUAAUUUUUGGAUCUACGGAGACAACACGAGGAAGAAUAUAAGAGAAAGGGAUUGUGGAGGCAGCUUUAACCACAAACAAACCCACAUUAUUAUUAUAGGGAGAUUUGAGGGGUCGAUUACAAGCGCCAUCUUGUAGGUCUUCUCUCUCUCUCUCUCUCUAUUUGCGC